AUGCAUAGUCGCAAACAACAUCAACAACGUCGGAAUAACCACAACCACAACAACAAUCCCCAUACAACAAACUCUUACAACUACAACACCCACACAGACUAUGAAUCAGACACCGCAUACCUAUCCGACAUGCAACAACAUCCCCCUCCACCCCUUCGCUCUAACGAAGAGCUAAACUUCUCCGUCCUCCGACGCCACAACCCAGACAUCAAAACCAUCCUCUCCCUCUGCAACUUCGCCGUAAUCUACACCUUCAGCCCCGCAACAACAAGCUGGGAAAAGAUCAACAUCGAAGGCACCCUCUUCGUAUGCGAACUAGAACCAGGCAGCCUAGGCGAGGAGCGCUACACAGCCUUCGUUCUGAACCGCCGCGGCCUAAACAACUUUGACUGUUUACUUGCUGGCCCUCAGAACGUAGAGCUAACAGACGACUUUGUCAUUUUGAAAGAAGACCAAGAGGAUAGCUCGACAUCUGCGCAACAGGAUGGUGGAAACUACAAGGUCUUUGGAAUUUGGAUAUACUCGGAGCCUAAUACCUCGACGGCUGAUACGCGUAUGAUAAAUGCUGCUAUUAUUAGCGAGUGCGCCGAGCGCGCGGGGAAGAGUUUGAAGGAGGCUAAGGAGCGCGUGCAGGCUAUGCGACAGGAUGGUUUACAUGUUGCUGCUGCAGCGGCGGGGAGUCAGGCUGCGCCUACAGAGGAGAUGCAAGGUGGGGUUCCUAUGGGUCGCACUAUUUCGUUGAAGGAUCUCUUUGGGCAGCAGCGUGCCCAGGAUGAUGGAUUUAGUGUGCGUGCGCACCAUGAACAGCCUCAACAGCCUCAACAGCCUCAACAGCCUCAACAUCAGUACCAGCCCCCUGUUCAACCUCACAUUUAUCCCAAUAUGAACAUGCCCCAGCAACAUGCAUUCCAGCAGCCGGGUGCUCCGCUUCAGCCUCAGAUGCAAUCUCAGUACCAGACUCAUGCUCCUCAACCUCAGAUGCAAUCGCAGUAUCCCCCUGCUCCACCUCAACCUCAGAUGCAGCCUCAAUACCAGGUCCAGCCUCAAUAUCAAGCCCAGCCUCAAGCCCAGCCUCAAGCUCAAGCUCAACCAAAGCCAGAUGUCUUAGGUGAUCUCUUCCGACGCGCAGGACUGGGGCCACAGUAG